GGGGAGGUGACCGGCAAAAGCAAAGCCAAGAUGCAGUGGGCAGAUUACUUUCGCAACGUGGUCAACCCUUAUCAGGUCGCCAUCAAAGGAUGGCCAGAGCACAUUCCAUUCACAAACCUCAGCAAUAUGUCCAGCUCCCUUCCAGACCUUCAAUUUCUUUUAGACUGUUGGAAGAUGGUCACUACAACAUGGAAAGUCUUGGAUGACGAGGAACUUGUGCAACUCCGUCGUGAGCGCGAUGAAAAAAUCAACAGUGGCGAAGUUAUUGAGUCUCGCCGAAGGACACAGUCUGACAAGGGUAAGAAGUGA